CCAAACGCGAUUCAGCCAAAUUCUCCUAAUUGCCAAGAUUGCGAACCAAGACCUCCAAUCCGAAGUUCUAGACGGUUGGUUACAAAGUCGCAGACGGGGUCUAUGCGAGGCAAGCCCGUUAUGAAUAUCUGGCUGGGACUGAUGAAUUUGCGUUCGAGUUCCGAUGGAUGCAUCUUCACCCCAGAGUGAUCCAAGGUCUAAGACUUGGUAUCAAUGGCUCUUGCAUCCGCGUCGUCAUAUAGAAUCGACACGUGAAUUAGACCCCGCGAGCGAAGCUCCGGCGGGUGAUUCUCGAUUCGCUAUGACGCCGUUUCUCAAGGGCCUCCCGCGGCGGCGGCGAUUCCUUAUCGUCAUACCCGUGCUGGCGUUAUUAGUCUGGGCCUUGCUCCCCACCAGGUUGAAUUCUCCGAAUACAUUCUUGCACACUUUCAGGGGCUCAUUAGGGAAAUCUAGCGAUGACGUUUUACGAUACAUAGACCCCCUCAUCGGCACCGUGAAUGGAGGUCACGUCUUCCCUGGCGCAACUCUGCCGUAUGGUAUGGCAAAGGCCGUAGCGGACUCGAGUGAUCGUGGAGAAAUCGCCGCAGGAUUUGUCUCGGACGACUCUGACAUCCAGGGCUUUUCUCACUUACACGAUUCGGGUACUGGAGGGAGCCCUUCAUUGGGAAACUUUCCUCUUUUCGUACAUCCGGGAUGUCCCGAGGAUGACUUCGCGCAGUGCAAAUAUACAUAUAUCGGUAGAAGUGUUCCGAGAAUUGACGGGUCCGCUACGGCACGCCCAGGAUACUUCGCUAUUGGCCUCAAUAAUUCGGUCCACGCGGAGAUGACGGCGACCCAACACGCCACGCUCUACAGAUUUAGCCUCCCUAAAGAUUCAGAGGUAGUGUCACAUAAGGUCAUGGUACCUACUAAUCCUCUGGUUUUGCUGGAUUUAAUGGAUCUUAGUAACUCUCGAACCGGAGGUGACAUUCAAGUAAACCCGGAAACGGGAAGAAUAACAGGAAAUGGGUCGUUUAGCCCGUCAUUUGGCAGCGGAGCGUACACUGCACAUGUCUGCGCCGAUUUCCGAGGCGCCGAUAUCCGGAAGACGGGGAUUUUCCUACAAACCAAUGUGACCGAUGAGGUUCAGGCCAUGGGACAUCUAGGAAGUAAUUUUUACAUUCCUUCUGGCUCGGCGGGGGCUUGGAUACACUUCGCGCACUCGGAUCAGAUCAUGGUUCGGGUGGGACUGUCGUUCAUAUCGGUCGAGCAAGCUUGCCACAACGCGGAGAUCGAAAUCCCAGACUUCGGCUUCGAGGACGUGGUAAAGGCUGCUAAGAAUGCCUGGAAAGAAAAGUUGUCCGUGAUCAAACCCGACUCCUCGGGUAUGAGCCACGAAUUCCUGACCACAUUUUGGUCGGGGCUCUACCGCGCACUGAUCUCGCCUCAAGAUUACACAGGUGAAAACCAGCUCUGGAAAUCCGACGAGCCGUAUUAUGACUCUUUUUAUUGCAUAUGGGACUCGUUCCGUGCACAGCACCCCCUCCUUACCAUUAUCGACCCCUCGAUCCAAACGAAGAUGGUGAGGUCGCUAAUCGACACGUACAAACACGAAGGGAAGUUACCAGAUUGCCGCAUGAGUUUUAGCAAAGGUUAUACCCAGGGAGGUUCGAAUGCCGAUGUGGUUCUCGCAGAUGCCUUUAUUAAAAACCUCACGGAGGGUAUCGACUGGAAUCUCGGCUACGAGGCAGUCGUCUCCGAUGCGGAGGUAGAGCCGAAAGAUUGGUCUACGACUGGCCGCGGUAGUCUCGUGAGCUGGCACACGCUGGGUUACGUACCAUACGACGACAACGACAAAAAUGGGACGGGACCUAUGAGUCGAGGCAUUUCACGGACGGUAGAAUACGCGUACGAUGACUUCGUGAUUGCGUUGAUGGCACGGGGGCUUGGCCACAAGAAUGACGAGACUAAGUACCUGCAGCGCAGUCGGAACUGGAAGAAUCUUUUCAACCCGGAGCAGGAGGACCGGCAUCGCGACGAAGCCGGUAAUGUGCAAAUGUCAGCGUUCAAGGGCUUUCUACAACCACGGUUCCGAAAUGGUACCUGGCGAUAUCAAAACACACGGCUUUGCAGCCCCAUAUACCAACAACAUAGUUGCUAUUUUGACACGCAGUACGAGACAUACGAGGGGAGUCCGUGGCUGUACACAUUUUAUGUACCACAAGACAUGGCCGCGCUUAUAGAAGCGUUAGGAGGACAUGAGACUUUCAUCGAGCGGCUUGACUACUUCCACUCGUCAGGUAUUAACUACAUGGGCAACGAACCCAACUUCCUAACGACGUUUCAAUUUCAUUAUGGUGGACGGCCCGGCCGCAGCAAUUACUGGCUGCACCAAUAUAUCCCAGGGCAGUUCAACAAUAGUAUCAACGGGAUCCCUGGUAACGACGACUGCGCCAUGGGAGCCUUUACAGCAUUCGCAUUUAUGGGCUUUUACCCAGUUGCCGGCCAGAAUGUGUACCUGCUUACGGCACCCAUGUUCCGGCAGCUCAGUAUCCAAACACCAUCGGGGAAGCCGGCGAUAUUGCGAAACGUUGGUGGAUUUGACGCGCCACAGUAUCGCAAUAUCUACAUUCAAAGUGCUAGCUUAGACGGGAAGCCAUAUACGCGAAAUUGGAUCACGCAUGACUUCUUCACGAAUGGAGGCACGCUAGAAUUUGUAUUAGGAUCCUCGGAGAGCGAUUGGGGAACGAGAGACGAGGAUCUGCCACCUAGUUUAUCGACGGGGAUGUUGGAUUGAUUUAAUAAAUAAAGCUGGUUGAUGAUUACUGUCGAGGUUGAGGAAUAUAGAUGGAAAGGAUUUUAAUUAAAAGGGAUACAACUUCAAAUCGUAAGACGUACUUAAAAGGUAUGGUUACCCGCAGCACCUCAGCUGUCAGUUCUUAUUUGCAGGCAAUGGAUACCAGGUAUAUACCAAUCACCGGGACAGAGCUUCAAUUGGAAUUACACAGAUAGGAUGACGAAGGAAAAGACAAAAAAAAGAACUCUCAGUCGGGGAAUUGAACCCCGGUCACAGGCGUGACAAGCCCGUAUCCUAACCACUAGACGAACUGAGACUUAGCUGUGAAUAAUACUCGAUUCACAUGA